AUGCUGUGGGAAAAUGAUGAAUUUUUGCAAACAAAUAGUCUUGAUGAUGAUUUUUCAUUGUAUUUAAAUGAUUCGUCUCAAGAAGAAAAUAUAUCAACUGUCUUUAAAGAUAAUAGAGAGAGCAUAAUAAACUUCGCUGACUUCUGGAACGAUAGAAGCGUAGAUCUAUCAUGGUUAUCGGACACAGUGUUGAAUAUUCCUGAUGAACAUAGUUCACUGGAUGUAUCUCAACAUAAAGAUUUACUACUAUUAUCAACCCCAUCGAAUGCCACAUCUAAUGUAUUGACGGAGAAUGAUAACAUUAUAAAUGAUCAACAUCUGGUAGAAGAUGAAUUAUGUCAAAACCUCGACUAUGAUCUACGUGAAGAAAUCAUCACGUAUUCUGAUACGGUAAACGAAGCACUGGAACCGGCAUAUUUUGAAACUAUUACGAAUGACGCUAUAUUGUCUAAUGUUGCCAUGGUCGUUAAAGAACACCCUCACCCUGCUCAUCGUGUACGUUAUCAAAGUGAUGGGAAACGAUUUCUGCCUAAUUCGAGAAAACAUCCCAUGACGAUUCAAUUUUUGGAUUUAUCAACUGUUACGUCAUUAAUAAACGGAACAUUCGGUGUCAUUAUGACGAUGGUAACUUCGACAAAUAAUCCGGACAAUCAAACAUUCGUACAUGUCAAUAGUAUCAAAUACCACACGGAUGAUGCUAUUGAUUUGGAUUAUGGGAGUGUGUUUGUUCCAUUAACGAAAUCGGAUAUUAAUUCAUGCGAGAAAUCAUUUCCACGCUCAUCGAUUACGUGCAAAAAAUUCGAUGAAUAUACCUUCGCAUUAGCAUCGUUUGAUACAUCAGCAUCCGAUCGGCAUAUUAAGCAAUAUACCGUACCCAAUGAAGAUCGUAUGAGUAAAGUGGCUAAAGGGAAGCAAUUUUCGUCCGAUUACGACCUACAUUGCUACAAAAUUGUCUUUCAACUAGCAGUGAAACAGGGGAACUGCAUUUGUAGUUUGCCAGUGACAUGUGAAACCGAUCUUAUUAAUGAGCAAAAAACAGCAACAAAAGGUGUCAAACGAAAAAGUUCGCCAGCCGAUACAAUGGAUACGUCAAUGAUUAGGCCAGCUAAAAAAGCCAAAUUAUCGGUAACUCGUACAACGAGUGGUAUAUCAAAACAAGUCCAAGGACCGUGCAUGGAUAGUCCAUUAUCUAUCCUUGCGGAAGGGCCUUAUCCGCGCUAA